AUGGCAACACACCACGAAGCAUCCGAAGUGGAAGCAACGCCCCACCGGCCCCCUGACUUUACGGAGCUGAGUGAGGUCGCAUCGAUUGGGAGCAACGGAAAGGUACUAUUCGCAACGGAUGAUUGGUUUGCUCCGGCCGAAUGGAUGCUGAAGGAUACGGACCCGGUGUUCCUGGCCGACGAGUACACCCCCUACGGCAAGUGGAUGGAUGGAUGGGAAACGCGUCGCAAACGGCUCCCAGGGCACGAUUGGUGUUUACUCGAGCUCGGUGCACCGACCCGAAUCGCAGGGCUACUCAUCGACACCGCCUACUUCACCGGUAACUAUGCACCACGUGUGUCGGUGCAGGGCGGAACACUCGAUGGAACGAUGCGAGAGAUGCUGCAAUCAUCGAUCCCACGACGACCCGAGCACGAGGGUGGUAUGAUGGGUUGUGGGGCGAGUGAAGAAGAACUUGGUAUGGCCAAUCUGCUCGCUACGGACCAGUGGGAGGUACUGUUGCCACGUGUGGAGCUACAAUCCGGCUACGAAGCUACCCGAAGACACUAUUUCGCCCUCCCGGACUCGAAACGCUCGUUAGUGGUGAACCAUCUGCGGGUCAACAUGUUCCCAGACGGAGGCAUCGCUCGGUUGCGUGUGUUCGGGUACGUCGAGCGGUUGAAAAGCGUCAGCACCAAGCAAUCUUUCGAUCUGAUCGCGAUGCUCAACGGUGGACGGUGUACGGGCUGGUCGAACGCACACUAUGGUCACCCGAGGAAUCUGAUCAAACCGACCGAGGGACGCAAUAUGGGCGAUGGAUGGGAAACCGCCCGGAGGCUCGAUCGGCCGCCGGUGUUGCGAAUCGAUGCGGCCGGUAUACUGCAGGUGCCGGGUUGCGAAUGGGCCAUCUUUGACCUGGCCGCUCCCGGAUGGAUCGAGCAGGUGUGCAUCGAUACGAAACACUUCCGAGGGAACUAUCCGGACAGUGUGCGGCUAGACUAUACGCCAGCAUCGCCUGAGGAGAGCUGGGUCGAUCGAUGGGUUCCAUUGAUGGAAGCGAAAAAGCUCGGCCCUGAUCGGAUGCAUGUCUUCCGGGGGGAGCAGUUGCUGGAGCAAAAGCAUGCAGCCGGCAAGAUUCGUGUGACGAUUGCACCGGAUGGAGGUAUUUCGCGGGUUCGAGUCAUUGGUAGAGUGUCGAGCGAGUGAACGAUAGUGUGACCAGUGAGGCUACUUAAAAUCAGUUAAUCUAAUGAAGUUUUCGUGUAUGAAUCUGAUGAAUUUGAUAAAUAAAAAGGC